AUGGAUGAGAUUGGGGAGAGUAGCAUAAAGGAACAAGAGAAGUUGGUGCCAAUAGCGAACGUUGGUCGAAUCAUGAAGCAAAUUCUUCCCCACAACGCCAAGGUUUCCAAGGAAGCCAAAGAAACCAUGCAAGAAUGUGUGUCGGAGUUCAUCAGCUUCGUGACUAGCGAGGCGUCUGACAAGUGCCGGAAGGAGCGGAGGAAGACGGUUAAUGGAGAUGACAUAUGCUUCGCUUUGGCCUCUCUUGGCUUCGAUGAUUAUGUUCAUCCUAUCACAAGGUAUUUGCAGAGAUUUAGAGAACUUGAUCUUGACCAUCAUCACACUAGAACUAAUAGUAUUAAUCAAGAAAGAGAUACACGGAAUAGCACCUUUGAUGAUGAUGAUGAAUAGACAGAUCGAAUUGUUAUGUUACUAUUGAUCCGAUCGAUAAUAAUAAUAAGGUUAAUGAUUGCUACUGCUUAAUUUAGAUCUGCAUGUUCAUCAUAUUAUUACUUCAAUUCUGAAAUGCCAUACCUCUAUCUUAAGAGUGUUAGAGGACCAGCAA